CUGUCUCUUCUUCCGUCUCUUCGCGCCGCAUUGCAUCACGACAUCGACCCGGGAGGCAACUCUGUCGAUCGCCGCUUCCACGGAGGGAGGUCCUUCAGAACACCCACCUCGAUCCUUGAGCACCCGAAUAUGAGCUCUACGCCGUCCAACCUGGGCAAGUCCCUUUCAUCGUCGACUUCCCACUCUCCCGCGAUUCAACCUGGGCCCGUCGCCGCGAGCUUCGAUUCCAACCGCCGACCAGCCCAGUCUAGCCCUUCCCAUCCCCAAGCUGCCCCGCGAAAGAGCCAAGGCGCUCGGAAACAGCACAAGAUGCAGCGUCGACCGGGAUUGGGCGAACACAGGAAUCCGGACGACGAUGACGCCAUGGCCGAGCUGAGGGCGGUCCGAAACCCAUCGAGCCGUCGCGGCCAGACUUCCAUCACCCAUCUGCUCAACUACAGCAUGCCGACGCGGCCCUACGCGGAUCACCACUCGUAUUCUAGAAGUUACAGGCGCAAUCCGACAUGGGGCCCGGGCUCGGGACACCACGCCAACGACAAGGCCAGAUACGUCCACGCCAACUACCGAUUCGUUGUAUCACCCGAGGGCGGCUACUCCAGCCAGGCCGCCGACGCCGACGUACACAUCGAUUGGAACAACGUCUUGCAGAUCCUGGCUUCGUCCGAGUCGCAGGCCGCUAGCUGCCCGAUUUGCCUCUCCGAGCCGGUCGCACCGAGAAUGGCCAAGUGCGGACACAUCUUUUGCCUGUCCUGCCUGAUCCGAUUCAUGAAUACCACCACCGACGAGGACUCGAAGCAUGCACGAGGAUUGAAGUGGAAGAAAUGUCCGCUGUGCGAGGACAGCGUCUACCUGCAUGAGACACGGCCUGUGCGGUUCUACGCGGGACAGGAGAGCCCUCUCCCGCGUGUCGGAGACGACGUGGUUCUCCGGCUGAUGGCGAGGACUGCCAAGUCAACCCUCGCAUUGCCGUGGGAGAAUGGCUCAGACGCAUUGAAUGUGGCGGACGAUAUUCCCUGGCACUUCGCUGCGAACGUUCUGGACUACGCAAGAAUCAUGAAGGGUACUGGCGACUACAUGGUGGAGCAGUACGACGAGGAGAUUUCGGCGCUGGAGAAGCAGGGAACGGAGGACCAACUGCUUUACCACGAAGACGACGAAUGGACUCAGAAGGCGAUCCGGGCUAUCAACGCGGCAAAGGACAAAGUCAAAGACCUCGGCAAGAAUGACUCGAUGCUACCGAGCGGCUCGAAAUCUGGACAGCAGAAGUCUGUACAACCAGAUUUUUACUUCUUCGCAUCACAACCACAUCUGUACCUGUCGGCGCUCGACAUCAGAAUCCUCAAGACCAAGUACGGCGAUUUCUCGGCAUUCCCUUCGACUCUGCUACCUCGUGUAGAGCACAUCUCAACAGGGCAUAUCGUGGAUGAAAUUCAGCGCAAGCGAGCUAAGUACUUGGGUCACCUGCCAUAUGGAUGUCGCAUCAGCUUUCUGGAAUGUGACUGGACGGACAUCGUAUCGGCAGACGUCCUGGAGAAAUUCGCAGAUGAGAUCGGCCGUCGGAGGCAGCGUAAUCGUGACAAGGCCGUGCAGGAGGAGCGUGAGAGACUUCAAUCCGAAAGGGUCGAAGCCGCUCAGUUCAAGAGUGCAGCUGCGAUGAGGCGCGACUACGGACCCAUCGAAGAGGAACAGGUUCCCGCGUUGAAUAUGGAGGAGUUCCAGCCGCUAUCCAGUCACGUUGGCGCUACCCCGCCAGAUCCGAGACUUGGUUUCGAGCAGCUCGCUUCCAUUUCGACGAGUCCUUCUACACAGAGGACGGUAUGGGGCACGCAUGUGGUACACGGCUCGCCGGAGCUAGCGCCGACGCGCCCUGUUGAUGACGGCUGGCUCAAGGACGAUGAGGUAUUUGGUGCUGCUGACCUCACUUUCCAGAUGGAGGCUUUGGGUGUCAACGAGCCCAGCGCAUCGACCGGUAACAACGGUGGUGGAGGAGGGGCUGGUGGUGGCGGUGGUGGCAAAGGGAAGAAGAAGAAGCAGAAGAUCACGUUGAUGAGCACAGGCGGGCGAAGAGGAGGGUGA